AUGCCACGGCGCUACCUCCUGUGGGCCGCAGCUGCUGCGGGCACUCUGUGCAGUGCAACGUCCGAUGAUGCUCUCUACACCCCGUGGUCGGCCAGCGGUGAGGCGACGACGGACUCGCCGAUGCUGCUGCACUCUGCCAACGAAGGUUAUACGUACCCAGUCUGCGAUCGCGCGGUCGGCGGUAUCACAAAGCCCGACUGCGUGUACCCGGUUUUGGUUGCCAUCUCGAGUUGCUUUCGCAACGCGUCGGUUCUUGAUUCGAUCGGGUCGUGGAUCGAUCGCCUGCGCAGUGUCACGCGCGACGAAGCCUACCUCAUCGAUGGCCAGACGUGCUCGCUGGUGUGGCAAACCAUGCAAUUGGAGGACGACAGCUGCGCCGCCAAGACGCCCAAGCCGACGCCGACACGGCUACGGAAGCCGACCCGCGCUCCGAUUGCCAUGCACCGGUAUCAUCGCCCGCAACACCACACCACCCAACACGCGAAAGAGGUAUCGCACGUGACGCCGGACGAAGCAGUACGCGGAAACGUUUCGCUGACUGCGUGGACACCGCGCCCGAAUGGCGCCCUCAUCGAGGCCCACGGGCGGCAGCUUUUGCACGCGCUGCUACCGGAGAAUCGCAUCGUGGCGCUGCUGCCGACCGACGAGGCCGAAGCACUUGUCGCGUCGCUCGCGCACGACCGUGGCGUGACGGCCGUAUCCAGCAUCAUUGUAGCAAACGACGAUCUGGCAGCGCUCGUAGACGUGGAUCUGGUGCCAUGGCCACAUCUGGACACGUGGUACUACUGCUCGUCACGGCUAUUGCAUGGCAAGCCGACGCUCUACCUCGAUGCGAAUGGUACGCGGCAGUGCGUGUGUCGGUGUCCAAGUGGCUCGGACGUCGUGCUGCGUGCGUCCGGCGCUGUCUGUGAACCCGUCGACGAAGCGCCUGCGGACGGGCGAUGCGUGCACGCCAACCGCACGCUUGUAUACGAGAUUGCUUCGCCGUCCGCCGACCGAGAUGACCGCAACCGGUGCCACAUCCGCCGACCGCCGUCGAUGUUGCAUGUGCCGUUUCCGCUGCAGCCGUCGACCACCGUAGCGAUCCACGUCCGGGGCGCAACGAACGCAUCAAGAAACGAUGUCUACGCGGGCGUCGUGCCGUCGUUGCCGUCAAGUGCAUUGGACAACGUCGUAUGGAAAUCACCGGGAGCGUACACCAUCGACGUUGCCAGCAAUGGCACCUCGUGCCGCGCCUGUCUUGUGAUCCGGGACCUCUACCGACCACGCAGCACGCAGACGUGUCCGAAAGCUCUCUGUGAGAGCGCCGUGUGCGCGUGGGGAGCACCAGGCCUUGCCGAGUAUACGCUGAGCAACCUCGCAGCGGCGCAAGCCAACGUCGACCAGCACUUCAAGUACGGUAUCAACGCCGAGAACGACGCGUGCAGUGCGGCGCGGUGCGAUCUCACGUCGUUCUCGCGGCGGGACUUUUUCGAGCUCAACGAGAUGAACGACAGUUUUGUGCUGGGGCAGACGUGGCUCCAAGCACCCGUCUCGGCCGACGUUGGCCGCCGCCUCGAGGCGUCCCCGUUCGGCGCCGACGGCGGAAAGCUUCAACUGCACUCGCCCGUGGCGCAACACCAGUGCACGCGCUGCAGUCACCUACAGACAACACUGCGAGAGCUCUGGGUGCCGUUUCACGAUUGCAAGAGCGCUCCACCCGCACCGGAAUGCAGCGGCGCGGACGUCGGAUGCACGACACAUCAGUGCUUGGUGGCCUCGGGACCGACGCUGUUUAUGGCAGUGGCGACGAUUGCGCCGGCGUAUGCAGCCAACACCGCGCAACUCAUGGAAAAUGUGUACCCAACGCUAGUGUACAAUGGGUCCCACGACGUUCAUAUCCAGCUCGACUGCUUCGCCUUGGGCGACACGGACGCGACAUGCGCCCACAACACGUCGCUGCACGUGCUCUUGACGCUGGCGUCCGGUGUCGUGGACCACUCGUUGCUCGCCAACAUGCAGUCCGACGGUUCUCGCUACGUCUUCUGGCGACACAGGCUCGACGCCGGGCCGUGGAUGGACAGUGCAAACGAGGCCUUCCUUCGCUUUCACCAGCUCGAGACGACGCUUCAUGUCCAAGCGUGGUCGCAGUGCGGCCUCGUCACGGAGGCAAGCUUUCAGAUUGUUCUGCACACGCGGGCCGCAGUGUGCGUUCAAAGUGCCUUUCCUACCAUGUGGUACCAAGCGUCGGUGGUCGACGCCGGGGCAGACGUCUUCUGCGCCUCGACAGCAGGGUUUGCCGAAGUGACGUUCGACUUUGACCCGUCCAUGGGACUCAACUGCGCGAAGGUGGCCAA